UGUCGCGCAAGUAUUAUCCCGCGUUCGCGUGUCGGCAACAAUUUUCCCGAGAAAAAUCGCGCGAGAAAUAGGUGUGUUACAACGUGAAAGAAAGAAGGAGAGAAGAUUCGCGACGUCGUAGAGACGGCAAGUUCGCGUCGCGGCGCCAACACCGCGACGAUGCAGCGCGCCGUGGUGUCCGCCGUAAGUGCCGACUUCUUUCGAUAAAGCGCACGAAAUGCCGUGAAAAUUGACUCCACGCACGUUCCCGUGGACAAAACACGUAUUUCCCGCUCACAUGGCGGUGAAAUCCGAUGCGAAUACGUGCAUUUACCGGUGGCUGGACGCCAGAAAUCGCGGAGCAGUGCAGAGGCCCGUCGGGCGGCACGGCCAUGUGCAGAAACACACGUCGGUGGACGCAUCGCGCGGCGAGGACGGCUACGGACGGACCGUCGAUACAGAUUUUGAAUACGUGAUACGAAAGCCGGAACAGCAGAAAAUAUGCUUCGGUUCCGGAUGUCCACGCGAUACUUCCAAGAAGGGUAUGAGUUCUUUUAUGAGAUAUUAUGCUUCGGAGGAUUAUCCAGGCAUAGGACCUGCUACUUACAAUGUCUUGGAAUCAUUUAAUGCGAUUAAGAUUAAGCCAUGUCCUUGUAGCUUCAGUAAAAAGGGCUAUAGUGGCAUAGCUCGGUUUGCCAAGCCUGUCGUUCACGUGGACGAUUAUCCGUCACCAUCCGAAUACAACAUCAUUUCUUUUCCUAAACUUGUCAAGCCGCAAAAACAUCCAUUUGCAUCUACUAGCGAAAGAAGAGUCUUGGAUAUUAACAAAAAUCCAGGACCUGGAAUGUACGUCAAUAAGGAAAUAAAAAGCAUUAUGUUUCAACACAGUUUUGGUGGCACAGUCAAGAUGCAACUUGGAGUCGAUUUGAAGUGUUGCAGCCGCAACACGGAUACAUGCAAAGUGUGUAGUAAAGAACCAACGGGCGAUUACUGGCACUUGAACAACAAAACCUUCUUAUGCAGAACGUGCAUGAUGAAGGAAAUUCAAAAACCAAUGAAAUUUAAAAAAAAAGAUCUCAAGUUAUUCCGCAAAAUAAGGGAUUGCUCGAAUAUUCAUAUUCACGAAGGCACUGACGCAAAGAUAUGGCUUAUGCAUCCUGUCGCAGUCAAACAGUGGAUAAGAAGAGAGGCAUAUCUUACAGGUUACUUGAAAGACUAGAAAAAAUAGGAAACUAUAUCAUAUAACAAAUUUUUAAUUUUACAUUUGAUUCAUUGACUGUUAUUAUUUAUUUGUCAUUACUGUCGUGAAAAAAAUUUUACAUAGAAUCUGAUUUAUUUUAUUCUUAAUGAAUAUACAAUGCAUUUUCGUAAACUGAUGUCCUUUUAAACGCUAUAUAUACACAUACACGCAAAUAUAUAUGCACAAAGAUUAUAUAAAAAUAUCCACAUGUUGUAUAUGUAAUAAACAUUUC